AUGGAUCCUAAAGACGAUUCUGAGGUGCCUGUCGCUGCUCCGGAGGGAGAGCGGAGCGCCUUGAGCUCAAGCUCAUCGCAGGGUAGUGCUUCCUCAUCUUCGGGAGAUGAGGAGGGCAUUGCUUCACCGCCACCGAACAAGCGGUCAAAAUGCAGCAGGUCGAAGCAAGUCGUGACGUGUUCGGACCCGCGCAUGGACACGCUCAUACAUCAAAACUCCGUCACUUACAAUGGACCUAGCGGAAACACCUGGGACUAUACUGAUGAUGUUUGGCAGUUUGACGCGUCGUGCAGUGAAUCCUUU